GACGACCGCCAGUCGUAUUGUUGCGUCGUGCAAGGAAGGUGUCGGUAAUACGCGUGCGCGAGAUCGAAAAAAUUAUGUUUUGAAUUUUAUAACUUUUUAAAGUGAAAUCGUUUAAAACUAAAUAAAAACUUUUUUGUCGACAUUUUUGGAAAAACAUCUACAAAUAUUAUAGUGUGAAGUUCCGUUUUUGUAUAAAAAACUUGUGCCGUAAGGAAUUUCUUAACAGAAACGGGUUUGCGUCCUAUCUACUGUUUAUUAUGGAUUUUGUAAUCGCAUAAUUUUAAAAUACAGAUAGAAUAUUCAAUGUGUAAAUGUGUUUGAAUUGUUAGUGGCAUAACUUUUCCGUCAAAGGUUUUUUAUUGGACACAUUGUUGACGAAAGAUCGGAUUGCAUACGCCUUUAAUUCAAAAAGACGUCCGACAACGAAAGUGCCGCCAAAAUGAGAUAAAAAAGACACCUUCCAGUUAAAAGUAAAUAAAAAGCAUAGUGCAGUGGUAAAAACGAAAUUAAAAUAAUGACUAGGACAUAGUGAAAUAAAGUGUCAGAAGUCUGUCAUGCGGUGGUUUAGAAAGUGAAAAGCAGUUCGGUAACUUGGUCACGAGAUGGCGUUAUUAACCGUGACGUUAGUGAGUGCAGUGCUGUGUGCAGCGGUGGUAAAUGUUUAUGGACAUGUAGCGCUUACCUUCCCGCCUGCCAGGCGGUUUGACUUGGACUUUUUGGACAACUCCCGAACGAAGCCGCCGUGUGGAAUGCCUAAAGGAACGCUGAAAACAUCGUUUUUAGCUGGAUCAUCAUUUACAGUACAUUGGCAUUUAGCAUAUGCUCACCGAGGAGGCUUCAGUUUAAGAAUAUUGGACUACCUGGAAAGACCUGUAUUAGACUUAACGCCUAGAGCAGGAGGGUCCGAAUUUGUACGAGACGAUGUUACCGCCCAGAAGUACGAGGUGCGCCUGCCGAGCGACUUUACGUGUGACAACUGCACGCUACAACUCCAGAGGGAGGCGGGCGAAUGGGGCGCCAACUACCGGUUCUGGUCCUGCGCCGAUAUUGAUAUUGUGCCGCGGAAAGACUACCACGAGACAUGCUCUGGGCACGGGUUCCAUAUCCUGGGACGAUGCAAGUGUAAUAAGUCAUACUUCGGCCCUCGAUGUCAGUUCUCCGACGAAUGCACUGACGACAGCGAGUGCGGGCUGCGCGGCAAGUGUAUCGACAUUAACGCGACAGAGGCGCCUAGCCGCGCCUGCUACUGCCCCGUAGGCUUCUACGGAAAGGGAUGUAAUAAGAAGUCACCAUGGAAGGACAAGAAUAUCAACCUGGCUUUGUACAGCCACCGCCAGCUGUCGCCGGAGUACAACCUGUACUGGCGAAUCGUCAAGGAUCAGGAUGAGUUGGAGGUCGUUAUGAUUGUCAACGGCACCUCUUAUGCUGGUAUCGGAUGGAGACCAAGUGGACUGAACAAACAAUGCAAAAAUUUCCCAGUGUUGGGACCCCCUCAGGAGGAGAAAGGAAACACUCCAAAACCAGAACCGUUGCCAGAACCAGAACCUAAAGCUGAGCCCGAACCGGAACCUUCUCCGGAACCCAAAUCCGAACCCAAACCCACUCCGGAACCCAAACCGGAACCUAAACCAGAACCGUCACCCGAACCCGCUGCAGAACCUAAACCAGAACCUGCACCAGAACCGGAACCAGCUUCUGAACCUACUCCUGAACCUAGUCCCGAACCCAAAGCGGAACCCGAACCGACACCUGAACCCAAAGCAGAACCCACUUCUCAGAUGCCAGAGAAUGACAAUAGGAACAAGAGAGUGGCAAUGCAUUCCCUGGACGGCAUCGACUUCAAGAAUCUUGGAGAUGACGUCACUGUGAAGACCAGUGUCUCCUACAAAGUGUCUUCUUCUAAAGGACGCGGGAAACGCCAAGCUCCAGAACCGCAACAUUUGGAAACCACGACCUCUGUAAUCGAAAACAAAACACCUAACCUUGAACCCGAAUCUACACCCGAACCUUCCCCAGAACCUAGUUCUGAAUCCACUACUACAAAACCCGAACCAAAAUCGACUCCUAAGACUAAAUUCGCUCCCGCAAAACCAAAGUACGCGCCCAAAGUUAGAAAGCUAUCAGAGCUUAAUGCUACUACACUUAAGUCUACAACUACAACAAAGAAAUUCAAUGCUACGGAACCUACUCCCACUCCAGAACUUAAGGCUGAACCUACUCCGGAACCUGCAUCAGAACCCGAACCUACACCGGAACCCAAAUCCGAACCUACUCCUGAACCUUCUCCGGAGCCUACGUCUGAACCCGAACCUACUCCUGAACCUAAAUCCGAGCCAGAACCUUCUCCGGAACCUACAUCAGAACCAGAACCUUCUCCGGAACCUAAAUCUGAGCCAGAACCUUCUCCUGAGCCUAAAUCUGAACCUGAGCCUACUCCCGAACCGAAAUCUGAGCCUGAACCUUCUCCGGAACCUAAAUCAGAACCCGAACCUUCUCCGGAACCUAAAUCGGAACCUGAACCUACGCCAGAACCCGAAUCAUCAUCCGAACCUUCUCUAGAACCUAAAGCAGAACCCAAACCUGAACCUAGCCCAGAGCCUAAAUCCGAACCUGAACCUACUCCAGAGCCUAAAUCAUCACCUGAACCCACUCCGGAACCCGAACCCAAACCGGAACCCACUGAACCCCUAAUAGUACCCAAAUCUGCAGCGGAUACCGAGACAUUGCUAGUGAAGGGACUUACAGAAGAUGCAGGGUACUUCCCCGCCCAUGAAUACGCGCCAAAGUUCGACUUCAACCCUAUGGACUGCACCGACAUCGUGAUUGGAACCGCUAGAGGGAACUACCAUCGAGUACUGGAUUACUACACUAGAGAUAGAUCGACGCCACGUGUGGAUACGUUCUGGGGCGGGCACGAUGACGUGACGGCGGCGACAGGCUUCGAGGAGAACGGGGUCACUACCAUUAUGUUCCGGAAGAAGCUCAAGGCUAAAGAACCAACCGACCACUCGAUAGUGGACGACCAGAUGCACGUCAUCUGGGCGCGUGGUCAGGAGCCGGGCAAGUACGUGCACUCACCCCCGUCGGGCGUGGAGCGCGGUGUUGCCGCCGUCAAGGACUUCUACAGGAGUGAUGAGCUCAAAUACCACGGACAUGGCGGGCAGAGGGGUGUUGCCAGCAUUAAUUUCUUUGAAGAAACUAAAACCUCAAUAUCAGGGGGCGUAACUCCGCUAGAGAAUAACAAGUGUGGUGGUCAGUUCCGCUUCCCUCACGACUGCUCACCCUCCAACGGCAGCUGCGCGUACCUCGCCACGUGGGAGUACCUCGGCCUCAAGAGGGGCAAGGAUAAAGUGAGGUUCACCAUCAAGACCAAGGAGAGCAAGUACUGGACAGGAAUUGGGUUCAGUAAGGACAAGAAAAUGUCGCAAACAGACGCAAUAAUCGGCUGGGUGGACCCUCGUUCCAACCGCCCCUUCAUCAUGAACACGUGGGUCAGCGGCUACUCGGCGCCCAAGCUGGACCCGAACCAGCACAUCACGGCGGCUUCUGGCAGCCUCAUUGACGGGCUCACCACGCUCAGCUUCCUCAGGAGCAGAGAUACUGGAGAAUCACGGGACCUAGCGUUCACGGACGACCAGUGCCUGUACAUGAUGUUCAUCACCCAAGGCGGAGGCUUCGACGCGGUCAACAAACGCACCAGCAAACACCUGACUACCCCCAUAGUGACCGAGGAGAAGAUAUGCAUCAAGGCUUGCGGCCCGGAACCUACAGAAGAAGAACUAUCCACCGAGCCAACCAUCCCUGGCGAGACAGCAUACACCAUGCUGAUCCGCAUAACAGGGUUGGCAGACAGCUUCAAGCCGCCGGCGCCAGGCAGUAAGGAGUUCGAUGACCUCAGCCAGCAGGUGGCCGAUGCCAUGAGGCAGGAGAUCGGGGGCACUAAGGGAUUCCACGGUCUGCAAGUUAACGGGUUUAUGCAAAACGAAACAAAAUCCAUCAUUGCGGAACUGACCCUGAAGUCCAUCGAUUCCAAUCUCAUCGAAGGUUCAAGUGCCCGCUCGCUGGACGGCGCCGGACAAUCAGACGACGCGGACAAGUGGGUGCGCGUGGUGCGGGACACGCUGGCCAAGGGGCGCGUCGCGCACUUGAACGUCGACCCGGAGUUCUUGUUGCUUGAACCUCAGAGUUUGCUAUCCACCCGCCCGGUGGACACCUCGGAAGGCAACGCGCGUACCUUCUUCGGCCUGGCCGAGACCAAGCUGUACGUGGUGGUGGGCUGCGUGGCCGCGCUCGUGCUGGUGGCGCUGCUGCAGGCCGCAUGCACGCUGUACAGGAGCCGCGGCGGCCAGCGGGGGAAGGACCAGCUGAUCCCCAACGCAGCGUGGAAGGACUACUCAACAGCGAACACCAACUACGCGUUUGAACCUUUCGAGAACGAUGACAAGUAUAACUCCACCACAUCCACCGCUCCACUCCGGGAGCGGCCCCCCUCCACCCCCGCCCGCCCCACCAACCCACCCCCGCCGAGGCCUGGCAGUGCUGGAGCAGCCAGGAACGGGAAGCCUGUUAAUGGCAACAAGCCGAUGAACGGCAGCAAGCUGACCGGCGCCGCCCCCGCCGCGGCGGGCGGGCGGCCGCGGGCGCCCAACAGCGCGGCGCAGUACUACCACGACACGCGCUCGCUGCAGCGCCCGCGGGCGCAGCUGGGCUACACCGGCCGACCAGAGCGCGCAACGUACUCCUUGCCUCGGGGAGCACGGGGCGAGCCACCAGGCCUCUCAGCGCAGCCAGACUUCUACUUCAUGCCUUCACAGCGCAAAUACGAAGGUGAAGUUGUCAGGGUAUUCGUCGAUUACAGGGGCAGGGAUGACGGUAACGAUUGGAGUAACGAGUGGGACGGGGUUAACGAUGGCCUUAGGGUUAACGACGACCGUAGGGGUAACGAUGACCGUAGGGGUACCGGUGACCGUAGGGGUACCGGUGACCGUAGGGGUAAACAUGACCGAGGUAAAGGUGAUUGGGGUAAAAGUGAUUGGCGUGGGAGGGAUGAGCUUAAUUAAGAAGUAGUAAGAAGUGUUAGGAAAUAGUUCUGGACUAAGGUGGGGAUUGAAAAAGUUUUAUGUGACAAUAAAGUUUAAAAAAGCUUUAAGUAUAUUUAGUCCAGUAAUAUUUAGAACUGUGCCAGUAAAUAAAAUACAAAUUUUAAUAUUUUUUUAUGUACUUUAGGGACUUGUUUUUAGACUGUUACGUUUGGAUUCACGCAAAAAUUGUGUUAUUAUUUUUCAUGUUUUAUGCCGAGGUGAUAACGUAAUAUUAACAAUAAUAAAUAUUAAUGUUUAUGUAGUUAGUUAAUUUUGAUGUUAUGCUAGAUUUACACAAAAAGUCCUGUUGUAAAAUACAGUUUUUUUUAUAGUUAUGGUUUUUAUAUCGCCUUUCUUCCACUUUAAGUAAUAAAAAAAUCAAUUUCAUACUUGUCUUAAGUUUUAGCCACGAUUUUUUAAAUUAAAGAUAUCUUUGCUUAAAUCACAAUCUCACCUGGUUAAAAUAAAUUUGAAUUAUUACGACUUCAGUCAAAAAGUCAAAAGAGAUUUAUUGCAAGUCGUGAGCUUAUGUUAAAAAGAAACUGCAUUUUCAAAAGGCGCGUUGUAAAGGGACGCUCACAGUUGCUUGUAUGGGCAAAACACCCGGGUUUAAACCCAGUACUUAGGUAAACACCCGAAGAACCAAAACACCCAGUUUGUGAGUUCGUACGGGUUUUACCCAAGCAUCUGGUUUAAUUUAAACACAUCAAUAUCGGUUACCAUAAUCGGUUGUUUGUCGGGUUUAAACCCGGUGGAAUGCCUAUUAGCGAUGGGCGUUAUUAACCAUAACUGGUUAUAUAUGCAGUUACGAGCUCGAACAGUGAUCACUCGUUUUCCACUACAACAAAAACUAGUGAUAUUCAUAACGCCAUUUAAACGAUCGAAAUAGGCAUCAGUCUUCAAUAACUCUUUUAAUCACAACGCCAUAAAGUUAAAUCGAAUUCACUCUUAUGUUUAAGGCAUAGCGUCGAUGUUUGGCUACUUUCACUACUCACGCAAAAUCACUGGUUUUACAAUAUUCGUAAUGACAAGAUGAAAACGACGUUUUACAUUGACCACCUUACACAUAGCUUUGACAACGUAAAGGAGUAAAACGAGUAAUGUAAAACGCGCCUAAAAAAAAGGAUCGCAACAAAAUCGAUCCUUUCGUGUAUUAAAUGAAACACGAGCGUAAGUGUGAAUGAAACAAGUAUAUGUUUUACUGAUACACGAUACGUGUGCGUGAAGAAGAAUUAAGUUAUACUGCUACCUAACCAAACGAUUUUACGUUACAAUUAUCACGUUUGCUUCAGAACGUUGUGAAAAUAACUAGUUAUAAAAAUCACUAGUUAAGAAACUAGUUAUUGGAAAUCACAUAACGCUUACGUUACGUUAUCUCAAAAACCGAUAACGACCCAUCGCUAAUGCCUAUAAAAUUCGAAGUAGUUUGCUUCUAGCUUCACACUAAUGUUUGAAUUCGCACUCGCUUGUUUCGCAGCUAACUUCAGUAGAUAGACGAGUAGUUUGAUGGUUUUGGCGUAUCCAGUGUACUUUGGACGUCCUGAUAUUGGCGUUUUCUAAGUAAUUAGAAACUGAUUUUUAUUUAUGUACUUAUGGGUUUUUGAAAGUCUGUUAUAUCUACAGAUAUUAAUUGUAUUUUCUUUAUUUUUUAAUUUUUAACAGAUCUAUAAGAAUAAAAUACGGUCCACAAAAAAUAUACCAAUGCGCUAUUGCUAUACUUUUUAUUUUUAAAGUUUUUGGCAACGAAAUUACGUAAAAAACACUUUCAAAAGUUCACUCAUAUUUUUUUAUUGCCCAAGCGGUUUCUAACUAUUUUAAGAUAAAUAACGCCUGAGCUUGUGUUUUCUUAUUUAAUAUUAGCUUGUAAACUGGGUGUAAUAUAAGUAGGUUAUGUAGUUUCUAAUGCAUUCUUUUUUAGACAACGCCCUGAGCUCGCGGCUACUUGAUUACCUUCAUACAGGGUGUUAGUGACAUCGUAUUGAAUACUGAGGGGGAUAAUUCAGCUAAAAAUCGAAAUUCUGAGUUAAAAAGUGGAAUUUUCCAUCGAAAAAGUAAGGAAUUGAAAAUAAUAAUAAAAAAUAAAUAAUACAUUAAAUCUGUUUAUUACAAAUUGAAAUAAAAUAUUAUCUGAAUAUAAUAUGGUUAUGAUAAAAAAAAAACACAAAAAACAUGAAUUUUGCGACUGAAAAUUCCACUUGAUAUUAACUCUAUCAGUAUUGGUAUGGUGUCACUAACACCUUAUAUUUAAAGAUUUUGUAAUAAAACUUAAUUAUGAAAAUAACAGCUCUAUUUUCUAACAAUAAAAGUAGUAUUUGCGAACUAAGUUGGCUUUUACCUUGUUAAUGGACUAUAGUUAAAAUGCUUUUUAUUAAGAUUAAUUUUAUUGUAGGUACUUACUUAUGAGAUAACAAUGUAAAUAAAAUAUAUAAACAUAAUUUGAUGCCUAUUUAGUGUAAAAAAAUGUGAUAGGUAAUAUUAUAUGUACGCGGCGUGGGUGUGGUGGAUUAUACUCAUUUUCUUAUAUUUACUAAUAGUUUAUAAAAUAUUUUUUUGAGUCAUAUUCAAAAGUUAAAUUUUAUUUCGUCUUUCGAACGUUUUGGAACUUAUAAUGUAAUUUUUUUUACAGAUUUUUGAACGAGACUUCGGAGUUUGAUUCCGAAUAUUAUUAGUUACCAACAGAUUAAAAAAUACUUUUUUACACCGAUCAAAUGUACCUUUUAAGACUUUUUGCACAUUUUUUCUUUUUAAUUUUACUUCCAAACCAGAUCUAGUCUCAUGUCACAGUUUUAAAAAAUAAGUUAAUAUUUUCACAUCUUUUUUUUAAAUAAUGUAAUUAUUUUCAUAGAAAAAUACUAUUGUAAAUAUUAAAUGUUUAUUUUAAAUAUUCUAUUUCCGCUGUAUAUUUUGCAGUAAAUAUAAAUAGGUUUAAAUUAAAUUAUGCAGGUGUGUUCGCUUCUUUUUGUAUUUUUUUAAAAUAUAUCAAAGAGUGUGAAAAAACACAAAAAGAUAGACAUGCCAUAAUGUAAGAAAUAAUCACAAAAUUAUUUUUAGGGAAAAUUAUUUUUAUAUUAUAAUUUUAGACUAAGAUUAGUUUGGCGAUUAUCACAUAGGAUGAUAGGUAGGAGACAUGUUAUAUUUUAUUACUUACUUUUAUUUAAUUUUUAACUGUAAAAAAACAUUCCAAAUAGUUACUAAAAAUUGUAUUAGAUAAAAUCACUUGAGAUUUUAAAACCUUGUACUUAUUGAAUUUUAUUCAUUCAUUAUCAUCAUCUUCCUAGAGUUUUCACAGGGCCCGCCUUUACCUUGAAGAUUUGACAGGUACAGUUUUUUUUAUAGAAGCGACUGCCUGUCUGACCGCUACACGAUCGGUCACACACUUCCGAAACACAUCUCGGGAAUGUGGGUUUCCUCACGAUGUUUUCAUGAUGUUGAUGUUUUCAUGAUUGACUUUUUAAUUAUUAAUAUUCAUAAUAGUAUACACCAAAUAGUUGUACUUAUAUGUAAACUAUAGAAAAGACAAGAAUAUUCAAAUCUAACGAAGGUAAUUGAAUUUAUUUAUAUAAAGUAAAAAAGUAACAAAUUAAUAUUGUAUUUUAUAUUUCGUAUGUAUUUAUAACCGGACCUAAGACUACAGAAUAAAAAUACUUAUUAUAUUUUCA